UUCAGAGUCCAAAAUCCAAAUUAUCUUGAACGCUCACCACCUACAGUUUUACAUACACACCAAUUAUCUAGAACCAUGUCAAGCUUCACUCAUGCCACAACAUUGCUUCAUGCUCACAUCAAAACCAAGCAUAGAAACACUUCCACGAACAACCCUUUACCCCUUAACCAAGCACCAUUUUCUGGUGAACAAAAUGUGACAAACAGAAGGAAGUUAAUUUCAACAUUUCUUGCCACCACUUCAGUGCUUGGAAUGCAUGUCACAAUGACCACCCCACUAGCACUAGCCCAGAAUUGGGGCACACGUUCCUUCCUCUGGGAGCAUUUCUUCGAGCCAGGUCUUUCUCCUGAAGAUGCAGUGGCAAGGAUAAAACAAACUGCUGAGGGACUACAUAGUAUUAGGGACAUGUUGGAAACCAUGUCUUGGAGGUAUGUCAUGUUUUACAUACGCUUAAAACAGGCCUAUCUUGACCAGGAUUUGAAAAAUGCUCUCUCUACUUUGCCUGAAAAUCGCCGCAAGGAGUAUGUCAAAGUUGCUAAUGAGUUGGUUGACAACAUGGCUGAGUUUGAUCGGUAUGUUCGGUCUCCAAAGGUAUAUGAAUCGUACCUAUACUACGAGAAGACAUUGAAAUCAAUAGAUGAACUUGUGGCUAUGUUAGCAUAGCUCAAGGGAAGCUGCAGGGUAUGGUAUUUGGAAUUCUAAAUUUUGUUGUAUAAAACGUCUUGACAUUUUAUAUAUUUUUUUUGAAUUUCAAAUAUCAAAUUGAACAUAGAAGUUAUCAGAACGUGAAACUUAAAGUAUAUUAUUGUACAUGUUUGUCAUUAGAAUGUGAAACUUUAAGUAUUUCAA